AUGGAAAGCCAAAAUUCAGGGUCAGAUGCGAACUCUCUCUGUCAGAGCUUUAACCAGAAGAAUGAUGGUCCUCUCUGUCACUGCAGCAGACCGACUUGGAUGUCUAAAUCAUGGACAGACGAAAAUCCGGGGAGAAGAUUUUUCAAAUGCAAUGUUCAUGGAUUUUUGACUUGGGCAGAUAAAGAGAAGCCAAAUGGGUGGCAGAAGGUGAGUUUAUUGGAAGCCCGAGAUCAGAUUCGUCGGCUAAAAGAAGAAAUUAAAGAUCUUAGAGAAGUGAAACAACAAGGUUUAAGUGCAACCACAGGUGACUCAGUCAUGGUGAAAUCGGAAACAUGGAAGAAGAACUAUGAAGAGAUGAAGAAGCUUGAACACGAAGCUAUGGCAUCCAAAGAAAGGGAAAAAUUGCUCCGCCAAUUUGUGGUACUUUCGUGGGGUGGAUUCAUCAUAGUUACGGCUAUGAUCAUUAAAAUGUCGAAGACUUAG